CCAAGACCAGUCUCAACCGUGAGAAGGGCUUGUGGCGCUUGCAGGACCAAACAACAACGUUCCGUGCUUGUUGCGGUGUUAUGUGUAUGCGUCAGGUGGGGCUGCAAGUGGAACUACGGCUUCUGGCUGAGCGUGUAUCGCUUCGCGGGGCCAUUGACUGAUGCGUCAUGCUUGUGCUGGACGGUCCCAUAUCGCUGUUCGAAGGCAGCGGCUACGCUCGGUAUCUGACGGGCGCCCCCCGUGGCGAAUCUGGGUGGAAGAUCUCGUUUCGAGCCCGCGUGGAGAGGUACAUCGUGAGCAGCAAUGUGGACCAUGCGCUGGACUUCCUUAGCGUCUUCUGCACCGUCCUCAGCUGCGUGCUGUACGUCAUAUCCACCUACUACCGCAGCAGCGUCAUCCUGCCGUUCAUCUACGUGGAGGUUGUCUUGGGAGUGCUUCUGCUGGCCGACUUUCUGCUGUUCCUGUACCUGGCUGAGAACCGGAUCAAGUACGUGCUGAUGCCCAACACGGUGGUCAACCUGAUCACCAUCAUCCCCCUGUUCGUGACGGGCCGGCUCACCCUGGAUGGCUUCGUCAUCAGCCGAGACAGCUGGGUGACCCGGCUGCUGCGGGUGCUGCGCAUCUACAUGCUCAAUCGCAUCCACCACCGCAUUGCCGCCACCACCUACAGCAGCGUCACUCGUCAGGUGCUCAAGGUGGCGUGGAAGGGCCUCGUGAUGCUCUGCAUCUCGUCGGGGGUCAUGGAGAUAGCCGAGAACCGCGGCGCUGACGAGGUCUGCCACACCACUGAUGGCCAGGGCCUGGGGAGCAUGUUCGUGGGGAGCAAUGGCACGGCGGUGGCUGUGACAUCAACGACGGGCGGUGACGGCUGCCGGCCGCGGCUGGACUUUCACGAUUUCUUCUACCUGGUGAUAUGCACUGUGUCGACAGUGGGUUACGGUGACUUGGCACCAUCAACGGACUUGGGGAGGAUGCUGAUGGUGCUGCUCAUCACGGUGGACCUGGUGGUUCUCACGAUCGAGACCAAAGAGCUCAUCCGACUGCUGCGGGGCACCAACAAAUUCCAACGGAGAGUCUAUAUUCCCAAGAAGCACAUGUGAGUAUGUCUGGAUGCAUGUCUCCUCUGCAUACGCACACACAGUAUUUUACUCACUCGCUUCCACAUCCCAUCACCUCCCCCUGAAUGGCUGGCUGCUGUGUCGUGUUGUGUCUGUCGUGUCUUUCAAUGCCCAUUGACGUGCAGACGUCACGUGCUGCUGUGCGGUGCGGUGCAUGCCAACGCCUGCAGGGCCUUCUUGACGGAGUUCUACCGGUCUGCCGACAUCUACACGGGGCAGCACCCCACGGCCCCUACAGCUGGGCUGAUGGGCGGCCCACAGGAUCGUGCGCCGGAUGUGCCUUCUGAGGUGGUGCUGCUGAGGGGAGGCAUUCCCGAUGCUGCACUCGACAAGCUGCUCAGAAGCGUCAACUUCUCGGGCAGAACGGAAUUCCUCUCUGGCCACGUCCACAGCGACACACACCUCCACAGAGCUGCCGCAGUACGGGUGAGUGAGUAUCCAUCAGGCAGACAAGCGACCAUCUGAGAUGCACAGGCCGGGGAAGAAAGACCUGGGAUCACUAUCUCAUCUCUUUUGUCCUUGCCUUUCCUGGCUGUAGGCUCUCGGGGCGUAUUUCAUCUCGGAUCGUCUGUCGGCAGCGCCGGUGCAUGAGGACCGGCAGACCAUCCUGGCAGUGCUGGCCCUCAAGAUAUUUGUCAUCAAACGGACCACAACCAUCGGUGCUCAGAGUCUGCCUGCGGGCUUGGCUAUGUCACUGACCAUGGGUCUGCCCCCGCCGCCGCCAAUGCCGGCUCGCUUCCCUGUGUACGCCCAGCUGGUGCUGCCCGAGAGCAAGGCACUCUACUACAAACACAUCCCCGACACCGACAAUGACCUCAUCAUCUGUAUGGCCAGUCCGCACACACACAGACAGACACACAACACAUGUCUACCUCGAACAUUCUAGCCACUCACUGCACUCAUUGUGGGUGUGUGUCCCCUUCCAUGUCGUGUCCUGUACUGCCCUGCCCCCAUUGAUGGAUGCGAUCAUAUGAUUGGCAGGCACGGAUGAGUUGAAGCUGACCCUCCUGGGCCGUAGCUGCCACUGUCCUGGGAUAUCGACCCUCCUGCUGAAUCUGUUCAUCUCCAAAGUCGACCUCACACUCACCGCCCGCGAGCGGAAGCGCCGUCAGUUCGAGCGGUCGUCGUUGCACACCCUCUCCUUCCUGGCCAUGGAUGCCUCCAUCGGACCACACACAACCAGCCCAAACGCCACAGAGGAACAUUUCCUCGGGGGCGGCAUGGGGCAUGGCGUCGCCUUCGAGACGUUCAGGCGGCGGACGGUCCCGGUGCUCUUCACCUGGCAGGAUGAAUACAGACAUGGACAGCAAAUGGAGGUCUUCAGGUCAGUCAGGCCAACGCACAGUCAGCCAGACAUGGACUGACUGAUUGGAAGAGAGAGUGGGGGGAGGGAGGGAAGAUAAUGUGAGACUUACGCACGGCUGCAGAUGAAUCAAGGGGGGAUUCAUUGGUGUGUGCGUCUGAGUGUGCGUCUGUGUGUGUAGGGUGUCGUUGUCGACGGGUUUCGGCGGCAUGUCGUUUGCUGAGGUGGCCAAGCUGUGUCACCAGAGUUACGGGUGCCUCGUUAUCGCACUUGAAGUCUCGGUCAGACAUGACACGACUACACACACAAGACCCACCCAACUCGAUGCUUGCAGGCUGCAGACCUGGUGGUGGUGUUGAUCAACCCCAGCUCAUACGUGCUGCCGCGGUUCUUCGACUUUUCUGAGUUUUUCUGUUUCGUCAUCGCCAGCAGCAAGGAGGUGGCGUUGAAGGUGGCGUCCUUCAACAGCAGCACACACGUGGCCCCCUUGGUGGCCCCCGGCAUAUUCCAACGAGGCACCAGCACCGCCACCAUGAGGCGCAAAGACACAUCUGAACGGAACCUCAUGAUUGUAAGUAAGUAAGUAAGAUAAUGCCACCCUUCCUUCAAGUCAGCCAGACACCACACACCCCGUCCAGUCCAGUCCCGCAUGGAUCCAUCCAUACAUCGAUCCAUGGCCCCUUGUGUCUCUCUCGGUGUGUCGCGCCCUCCCUGUCUGUACUGCACACGGAUGGACGGAUGGAUGGAUGGACGGAUUGAUUGCUCUAUACAUACAGGACUCCAGCCGUCAGUUGGGCAGCCAGUCGCUGCAGUCCAGCCGUUGUGCGACCAAGGUGCUGCAGCGCGUGCAGCAGAAGCUCCAGAAGACCCGCAGCGACAUGUCGGUUAACAAGUCAGCCUCACUCGGCCCUGAGAUGCUCCGGGGAGUCAGCGCAGGGGACCUCGAACAAGACGCAUCAUCACGUACGUACCUACUCUCUGUGGAUCGGUGUGUACGUGUACGUCAACCCGAUGUUUGUGUGGAUGUGUGGAUGUAUGUGUGCAUCAUAUCAUCCCCUGCAGAGAGCAGCACGGACAGUGAGGUAAUGGGUUCCUGCAUGCGGCCGCGGGCGAUCGCUCCACACCUGCUUGCGACACCCAGAACGUCUGCCGACGCCGAGCUGAGACACGGGGUGCCCGAGUCGUUCAGAAAUUUCAUCCUCGUUGUCGGCUAUACACCACAGGUGGGUGGGUGGUAGGUAUACACACACACGGUUUGACGGGACGCUGCUGUUGCAUCCACCCACCCACCCAUCGGUCUGUCUGUCAUGGGUGUGCAUUGCAUGGGUGUGUCAGAUUCGGUGUUUGGUGCAGGCCUUAAGUCUGCGUUAUUCGUCUCAGCAGGAGCAGAUAGUGCUGCUCAACGAAACACCCAUCCCGCCAGACGUCUGGGACACUAUUGCGCACUACCAGAACGUCUGGUUCGUGCAGGUAGGUGGUACUUACCUUACUCAACGAAAACGACAGCCGUUGGUGAUGUGUGCUGGUUGUGGCUUGUUUGGUCCGCAGGGUUCCGGCAUCAGUCCGUACGAUCUUAAGUACCGGUAG